AUGAUUUCUGAGCCUAGGAGGCUGGGGACUAGCUUGCUAGUCAUUGGCCAUUGCCCAGACUGUACCCUCUACAUCUCAGGUGGCAUAUGGCCUUUGGCAUUUUUAGAAUUUCUAAAUCUUGGUUGCAAUUUACUCACAGAACUGAGCUUUGGAACGUUUCAGGCCUGGCAUGGAAUGCAGUUUUUACACAAGUUAAUUCUCAAUCGUAAUCCUUUGCCAACAGUUGAAGAUUCUUGUCUUUUUAAAGUGCCAGCAUUAAACUCUUUAGACAUGGGAACAGCACAAGUGUCACUUACCGCAAUUGAAAGCAUCCUCAUGAUGACCCUUGAAUUGGAAACACUGAUCUUACCCAGCCGUAGGGCCUGCUGCCUCUGCCAAUUUAAAAAUACUAUUGAGGUUGUCUGUGAGACAGUCAAGCUGCGUUGUGACAGUGAACGCCUGAGGGACGUCACACGUUGUGAUGAAGAAACAUCUAUAGAGAAUGCAGGAGGAUCGUUGAUGAAGGUGUUACAAGCCCAGAAGAAGAACAACAGCACCGAGCUGACUAUUGAGUCAGAGAGGACGUCCUCACCUAACAGUGCUGUCAGCUUGUCAGGCUUCAUGAAUGAGCAGCUGGACUUUAAUAAUAAAAGUGAUAUUAUCAGUACACUAAAUUACAUACUGCCUUAUAUCUCAGAGGGAAAUCUAGGAGAUGUGGAAUCAACAUUAUUACCAUUCAUUCAACUUCUUUUUUCAAAUACACAAGAUGGACAUAUGCCGCUGGGCCUUUUGAAAAACAAUACAAGGAGCCCUUCUGUUAAACCUGUACCCAACAAUUCAACUAAAAAAAACAAAUUGAGGGAACUCCAUUUUGUGGAAAAUUUGUUAGAUGCAGAAACUCAAGAAAAAAUUGAUGAGGUUAAAAAGGAAGAAAAACCUGCCACGUGUACGCGUUCCAACCUUUUAAGUGCCAUGUUUACACGCUACAUCUUUCAAAAGAAAUUAGAAACUGCCCAACCACAGAAAGACAGCCUAGCAAAGAUUGAGAGUACAGAGGAAAAGCUGGUGAGAGUGAACAAGGUCCUAAGGGGCAUACAGAAAAUGCACCUCAAAGCAGUGGGAGAUGAGAGCGUCAGGAGGAAACAGAAUGCCCAGCCAUCUGUGGCGAACACUGCCAAAGAAUGAAAGCUCAGGAGGCCAUCCCCAAGAAAGCUGAAACAGCUCCUCAUGGUGCAGAGGCCCAGGAAGCUGGUGGGAAAGUCCUCCGAUGCAGAGUCUUCAUUCAUAAAGGAACACAAGGCCGCAGGCUCCUCUCCCCUCAAACCGUACUUCAAGGGCAGGCCUUGUGCCUCCAUCCCGCCAAAAUCCCCAUCUGAGGUUAAAAGCAAAUCAAAAGACUUAUCCAACGCUAUUCAUGUUUUCGAAGAUGCAAAGGCAAGAGUUAGAAAUAUUAAGGACUUCGAAUUAAUCUCACAUUCUGGAAAAAAAAAAUACAUCUUCCAUAAAAUUAGGUCUCAUCGGGUCCACAGAAAACCCAAAGUUAAAAGGAGUCAAAAGUUCAGAAAGAAAAGUUCACUUGAUAGAAUGAUGCUUGCAAGCCCUCCGUUUUCUGUCGUGAGGAGUCUCAUAAAUUCCCCUCCACGAGAGGCUGUUUCAUCUUCAGGAGAAGUGACUUCUCAGGAAAAUCCUUUUCCAGAAUUAUUUUCUCUUUCAGACCCUUCUGCAGAAAACACUACUUCAGAAAACAAUACUGCACAAAAUGUUUCUGAAGCAAUUAUUUCUACAGGAAACGCUACUCUGCCAGGAGGAACCGGCCCUGGAAACACUAGCCAUAGGAACGUCUCCACUGCACAUUCUACUGUCGCUGCAGACAACAGUAUGCCAGCUGUUCAACACAGCAACAAAACACAAUGGGAGCACCACAACAUGGUCACUGAAUUAUCCUCUAAGCCCACAGGCUUCACUUUCCCAGGGCUCGCAUCCCCGGGUGAUCAAGUUGAAACUCAGCUAAACCAGCAGCUCUGGUCCCUCAUCCCCAACAAUGACGUGCAAAGGCUCAUUUCUCAUGUUAUCCAGACUUUGAAAAUAGACUGCUCGGACACCCACGUGCAGCUGGCCUGUGCCAACCUCAUCUCUAGAACAGGCCUCCUGAUGAAGCUUCUCAGCAAGCAGCAAGAAGUAAAUGUGUCCAAAGCGGAAUGGGAUAUGGACCAGUGGAAAGCUGACAACUCUAUCAGUGAGAGCACAGAAGCCCAGAGUGAGCAGAAAGAGCAGGAGUCAAGUGAGCUCACAAAAGAAGUUCCAGGUUAUGACUAUAACAACAAACUCAUCUUGGCAGUAUCUGUACCUGUGGUAGUGACGAUUUGUGUUAGAAUUCUCUGUCUCAUUGAGAUUUCUUCUCCUAGAAUUUCAAAAGAGGAAGAUAGAAAAAGAAGCAGAAGGAGGGCUUUUUCGGGAGAAGGCGGCCACUUUGGCUUAGGGGUAUGUAUAGGCCUCUCAGCGCCACACGCAAGGAACACAUGACCCAAAAGCUACACGACAGGGAGUCUUCUGCUGAGGAUGAGAUAUUUCUGCAUCCCAGCAGAGGCCCAGGCUCAGCAUGCAGAGCCCACUGUGGAGGUAGAACCACCUCCACUUCCGCAGGAGGCUCCAUCUCAGCCUUCAGAGGCCCCUGAGGAACUAGAAACUUCAAGUCCUCAGGAGGCCCUCGCCCGGCCUUUGGAGACACUUAAGGAGGUCACUAAAGAGGUUGAACCUUCUCCAGUCCAGCAGAAGACCCCACCUCAGCCUCCAGAGCUCCUUAAGGAAGUUGUAGCUCAGUCUCCAUUGUAUCCCGAGGUGACAGUUCCAGCACAGAGCAGGAUCAUGCUGAGCAUCCAACAUCCCCCAGGAUCAAGAGCAGUGGUUCUCAACCAGGGUGAGUUUGCACACAGAAAUCUUGGUUGCAAUUUACUCACAGAACUGAGCUUUGGAACGUUUCAGGCCUGGCAUGGAAUGCAGUUUUUACACAAGUUAAUUCUCAAUCGUAAUCCUUUGCCAACAGUUGAAGAUUCUUGUCUUUUUAAAGUGCCAGCAUUAAACUCUUUAGACAUGGGAACAGCACAAGUGUCACUUACCGCAAUUGAAAGCAUCCUCAUGAUGACCCUUGAAUUGGAAACACUGAUCUUACCCAGCCGUAGGGCCUGCUGCCUCUGCCAAUUUAAAAAUACUAUUGAGGUUGUCUGUGAGACAGUCAAGCUGCGUUGUGACAGUGAACGCCUGAGGGACGUCACACGUUGUGAUGAAGAAACAUCUAUAGAGAAUGCAGGAGGAUCGUUGAUGAAGGUGUUACAAGCCCAGAAGAAGAACAACAGCACCGAGCUGACUAUUGAGUCAGACAGGAUGUCCUCACCUAACAGUGCUGUCAGCUUGUCAGGCUUCAUGAAUGAGCAGCUGGACUUUAAUAAUAAAAGUGAUAUUAUCAGUACACUAAAUUACAUACUGCCUUAUAUCUCAGAGGGAAAUCUAGGAGAUGUGGAAUCAACAUUAUUACCAUUCAUUCAACUUCUUUUUUCAAAUACACAAGAUGGACAUAUGCCGCUGGGCCUUUUGAAAAACAAUACAAGGAGCCCUUCUGUUAAACCUGUACCCAACAAUUCAACUAAAAAAAACAAAUUGAGGGAACUCCAUUUUGUGGAAAAUUUGUUAGAUGCAGAAACUCAAGAAAAAAUUGAUGAGGUUAAAAAGGAAGAAAAACCUGCCACGUGUACGCGUUCCAACCUUUUAAGUGCCAUGUUUACACGCUACAUCUUUCAAAAGAAAUUAGAAACUGCCCAACCACAGAAAGACAGCCUAGCAAAGAUUGAGAGUACAGAGGAAAAGCUGGUGAGAGUGAACAAGGUCCUAAGGGGCAUACAGAAAAUGCACCUCAAAGCAGUGGGAGAUGAGAGCGUCAGGAGGAAACAGAAUGCCCAGCCAUCUGUGGCGAACACUGCCAAAGAAUGAAAGCUCAGGAGGCCAUCCCCAAGAAAGCUGAAACAGCUCCUCAUGGUGCAGAGGCCCAGGAAGCUGGUGGGAAAGUCCUCCGAUGCAGAGUCUUCAUUCAUAAAGGAACACAAGGCCGCAGGCUCCUCUCCCCUCAAACCGUACUUCAAGGGCAGGCCUUGUGCCUCCAUCCCGCCAAAAUCCCCAUCUGAGGUUAAAAGCAAAUCAAAAGACUUAUCCAACGCUAUUCAUGUUUUCGAAGAUGCAAAGGCAAGAGUUAGAAAUAUUAAGGACUUCGAAUUAAUCUCACAUUCUGGAAAAAAAAAAUACAUCUUCCAUAAAAUUAGGUCUCAUCGGGUCCACAGAAAACCCAAAAAAAAAAAAAAAGGGAGUCAAAAGUUCAGAAAGAAAAGUUCACUUGAUAGAAUGAUGCUUGCAAGCCCUCCGUUUUCUGUCGUGAGGAGUCUCAUAAAUUCCCCUCCACGAGAGGCUGUUUCAUCUUCAGGAGAAGUGACUUCUCAGGAAAAUCCUUUUCCAGAAUUAUUUUCUCUUUCAGACCCUUCUGCAGAAAACACUACUUCAGAAAACAAUACUGCACAAAAUGUUUCUGAAGCAAUUAUUUCUACAGGAAACGCUACUCUGCCAGGAGGAACCGGCCCUGGAAACACUAGCCAUAGGAACGUCUCCACUGCACAUUCUACUGUCGCUGCAGACAACAGUAUGCCAGCUGUUCAACACAGCAACAAAACACAAUGGGAGCACCACAACAUGGUCACUGAAUUAUCCUCUAAGCCCACAGGCUUCACUUUCCCAGGGCUCGCAUCCCCGGGUGAUCAAGUUGAAACUCAGCUAAACCAGCAGCUCUGGUCCCUCAUCCCCAACAAUGACGUGCAAAGGCUCAUUUCUCAUGUUAUCCAGACUUUGAAAAUAGACUGCUCGGACACCCACGUGCAGCUGGCCUGUGCCAACCUCAUCUCUAGAACAGGCCUCCUGAUGAAGCUUCUCAGCAAGCAGCAAGAAGUAAAUGUGUCCAAAGCGGAAUGGGAUAUGGACCAGUGGAAAGCUGACAACUCUAUCAGUGAGAGCACAGAAGCCCAGAGUGAGCAGAAAGAGCAGGAGUCAAGUGAGCUCACAAAAGAAGUUCCAGGUUAUGACUAUAACAACAAACUCAUCUUGGCAGUAUCUGUACCUGUGGUAGUGACGAUUUGUGUUAGAAUUCUCUGUCUCAUUGAGAUUUCUUCUCCUAGAAUUUCAAAAGAGGAAGAUAGAAAAAGAAGCAGAAGGAGGGCUUUUUCGGGAGAAGGCGGCCACUUUGGCUUAGGGGUAUGUAUAGGCCUCUCAGCGCCACACGCAAGGAACACAUGACCCAAAAGCUACACGACAGGGAGUCUUCUGCUGAGGAUGAGAUAUUUCUGCAUCCCAGCAGAGGCCCAGGCUCAGCAUGCAGAGCCCACUGUGGAGGUAGAACCACCUCCACUUCCGCAGGAGGCUCCAUCUCAGCCUUCAGAGGCCCCUGAGGAACUAGAAACUUCAAGUCCUCAGGAGGCCCUCGCCCGGCCUUUGGAGACACUUAAGGAGGUCACUAAAGAGGUUGAGCCUUCUCCAGUCCAGCAGAAGACCCCACCUCAGCCUCCAGAGCUCCUUAAGGAAGUUGUAGCUCAGUCUCCAUUGUAUCCCGAGGUGACAGUUCCAGCACAGAGCAGGAUCAUGCUGAGCAUCCAACAUCCCCCAGGAUCAAGAGCAGUGGUUCUCAACCAGGGUGAGUUUGCACACAGAAAUCUUGGUUGCAAUUUACUCACAGAACUGAGCUUUGGAACGUUUCAGGCCUGGCAUGGAAUGCAGUUUUUACACAAGUUAAUUCUCAAUCGUAAUCCUUUGCCAACAGUUGAAGAUUCUUGUCUUUUUAAAGUGCCAGCAUUAAACUCUUUAGACAUGGGAACAGCACAAGUGUCACUUACCGCAAUUGAAAGCAUCCUCAUGCUGACCCUUGAAUUGGAAAAACUGAUCUUACCCAGCCGUAGGGCCUGCUGCCUCUGCCAAUUUAAAAAUACUAUUGAGGUUGUCUGUGAGACAGUCAAGCUGCGUUGUGACAGUGAACGCCUGAGGGACGUCACACGUUGUGAUGAAGAAACAUCUAUAGAGAAUGCAGGAGGAUCGUUGAUGAAGGUGUUACAAGCCCAGAAGAAGAACAACAGCACCGAGCUGACUAUUGAGUCAGAGAGGAUGUCCUCACCUAACAGUGCUGUCAGCUUGUCAGGCUUCAUGAAUGAGCAGCUGGACUUUAAUAAUAAAAGUGAUAUUAUCAGUACACUAAAUUACAUACUGCCUUAUAUCUCAGAGGGAAAUCUAGGAGAUGUGGAAUCAACAUUAUUACCAUUCAUUCAACUUCUUUUUUCAAAUACACAAGAUGGACAUAUGCCGCUGGGCCUUUUGAAAAACAAUACAAGGAGCCCUUCUGUUAAACCUGUACCCAACAAUUCAACUAAAAAAAACAAAUUGAGGGAACUCCAUUUUGUGGAAAAUUUGUUAGAUGCAGAAACUCAAGAAAAAAUUGAUGAGGUUAAAAAGGAAGAAAAACCUGCCACGUGUACGCGUUGCAACCUUUUAAGUGCCAUGUUUACACGCUACAUCUUUCAAAAGAAAUUAGAAACUGCCCAACCACAGAAAGACAGCCUAGCAAAGAUUGAGAGUACAGAGGAAAAGCUGCUGAGAGUGAACAAGGUCCUAAGGGGCAUACCGAAAAUGCACCUCAAAGCAGUGGGAGAUGAGAGCGUCAGGAGGAAACAGAAUGCCCAGCCAUCUGUGGCGAACACUGCCAAAGAAUGAAAGCUCAGGAGGCCAUCCCCAAGAAAGCUGAAACAGCUCCUCAUGGUGCAGAGGCCCAGGAAGCUGGUGGGAAAGUCCUCCGAUGCAGAGUCUUCAUUCAUAAAGGAACACAAGGCCGCAGGCUCCUCUCCCCUCAAACCGUACUUCAAGGGCAGGCCUUGUGCCUCCAUCCCGCCAAAAUCCCCAUCUGAGGUUAAAAGCAAAUCAAAAGACUUAUCCAACGCUAUUCAUGUUUUCGAAGAUGCAAAGGCAAGAGUUAGAAAUAUUAAGGACUUCGAAUUAAUCUCACAUUCUGGAAAAAAAUACAUCUUCCAUAAAAUUAGGUCUCAUCGGGUCCACAGAAAACCCAAAAAAAAAGGGAGUCGAAAGUUCAGAAAGAAAAGUUCACUUGAUAGAGUGAUGCUUGCAAGCCCUCCGUUCUCUGUCGUGAGGAGUCUCAUAAAUUCCCCUCCACGAGAGGCUGUUUCAUCUUCAGGAGAAGUGACUUCUCAGGAAAAUCCUUUUCCAGAAUUAUUUUCUCUUUCAGACCCUUCUGCAGAAAACACUACUUCAGAAAACAAUACUGCACAAAAUGUUUCUGAAGCAAUUAUUUCUACAGGAAACGCUACUCUGCCAGGAGGAACCGGCCCUGGAAACACUAGCCAUAGGAACGUCUCCACUGCACAUUCUACUGUCGCUGCAGACAACAGUAUGCCAGCUGUUCAACACAGCAACAAAACACAAUGGGAGCACCACAACAUGGUCACUGAAUUAUCCUCUAAGCCCACAGGCUUCACUUUCCCAGGGCUCGCAUCCCCGGGUGAUCAAGUUGAAACUCAGCUAAACCAGCAGCUCUGGUCCCUCAUCCCCAACAAUGACGUGCAAAGGCUCAUUUCUCAUGUUAUCCAGACUUUGAAAAUAGACUGCUCGGACACCCACGUGCAGCUGGCCUGUGCCAACCUCAUCUCUAGAACAGGCCUCCUGAUGAAGCUUCUCAGCAAGCAGCAAGAAGUAAAUGUGUCCAAAGCGGAAUGGGAUAUGGACCAGUGGAAAGCUGACAACUCUAUCAGUGAGAGCACAGAAGCCCAGAGUGAGCAGAAAGAGCAGGAGUCAAGUGAGCUCACAAAAGAAGUUCCAGGUUAUGACUAUAACAACAAACUCAUCUUGGCAGUAUCUGUACCUGUAGUAGUGACGAUUUGUGUUAGAAUUCUCUGUCUCAUUGAGAUUUCUUCUCCUAGAAUUUCAAAAGAGGAAGAUAGAAAAAGAAGCAGAAGGAGGGCUUUUUCGGGAGAAGGCGGCCACUUUGGCUUAGGGGUAUGUAUAGGCCUCUCAGCGCCACACGCAAGGAACACAUGACCCAAAAGCUACACGACAGGGAGUCUUCUGCUGAGGAUGAGAUAUUUCUGCAUCCCAGCAGAGGCCCAGGCUCAGCAUGCAGAGCCCACUGAGGAGGUAGAACCACCUCCACUUCCGCAGGAGGCUCCAUCUCAGCCUUCAGAGGCCCCUGAGGAACUAGAAACUUCCAAGUCCUCAGGAGGCCCUCGCCCGGUCACUAAAGAGGUUGAACCUUCUCCAGUCCAGGAGGAGACCCCAUCUCAGCCUCCAGAGCACCCUGAGGUGAUUGAUCCUUCUCUACUCCCAUCAAGAGGCCCCAAUGUUCCACUGCACCCUCUGGAUUUGGAAUUUACCAUGAAUCCAGAGGCCACUACGGAAGCUGAGUUUCCUACAGUUCAGCAGGAGGCCCUGGCUCCCCCUGUUGAGCAUCCUGAGGAGGCAGUAUCUUCUACAACCCAACAAGAGACCACAGCUAGGCCUCCAGAGCCUCCUGGAGAGGAUGAGACUUCAAGGGAGCAGUAG